AUGUCGGAUAUCGAUGUCAUUCGCUCCUCAAUAAUCGCUUCGCUCUUCUCGCCUCAUUCCAAGGGCAGUGCUGGACAAACCGGCCAGACGUAUAUUUCUCAUUGUAAAACUUGGGAGGACGUUUCAACUAACGGUGAACGAAAGCCGAGGUAUAUCCUACUGGCUGUUGGUACCACCGCUCGUGUUUUUCUCCAUAAAUCAAAGCGCAAUACCAAUGGAUCAUUUUCGAUCGGAAAAACUUGGGAUAUCAUUGAUCUUCGAACCGUUGAGGUGCUUGAUGAAUCUGCGUUCCGCUUGAUUAUCGGCCAAAGGUCUUAUACCUGGCUUGCUGAGAAUGUUAAUGAACGGAACAAAUUCGUCGACGUGCUCGUUAGAUCAUUCAGGCAAUACUCCAAGGGUGAAUUGCCUCAGCUGAUCGGCCUUCCAAAUGGCGACUACUCUACCCCCGCCUAUUCGAAUCCUAUACCCUCGUCCCCCGUCACUUCCGCCCAGUCAUCCAACACCACUGGUGCCAGGGGUCGACCAAUCAACCCGCUUACUUCACCCAACCCUUUACAGCCUUCAUCGACCCUCCGUCCUUCACCUGUCCCUCAAGCAUCCUUUCAAUCUUCGUCGCCUUCUUCCACUCCUAUCUCUUCUCGCGGUGCCCCGUCUUACGCUACCCCAGCCCCAUCAAUUGCCACAAACUUCACCAAUACUAGCAGCCCCGCUGCCAUUUCCCAUGCUGAAUCAUCGCGUCGGGCACACCAUGCCCCCCAGCUCUCCUCCGGAAUCGAAUCUCCCAUUCCAAGUCCCAAGCUUUCUAUAACGCAGUCUCGAACCUCAGGUGAAGAGGAGAGCCGUAUUGGUGGCUCACCUGGUUCACCCCGCAAGGCUACCCGUCCGAAAAUCUCGAUGGCUGGCCUGUCAUUGAACCAUCGCUCCCACUCUCGCACCACUCCCACAGCCCCAGAUAGUCCUGCUGUCAAUCGAAUAAUCAGUUCCCCUUUAAGACCCAAUCAAGACAGGUAUCCAACCAAGGAACCACGGCCGCCGACUGCUGAAACACUGGAGCCUUCGCGCCACUCUACUGCUGACGAAGAACAGGAUAUUAGCUCCUCAGUGUCCGUGUCAAAACCAGCACGGCCGCCACCAGCUAAAAGCGCGUUUCGCUCUCGUGAAUCGCUCCUAGGCGAAAAACCACAUACGCCUUCGGCAACGUCUGACAAACCAAAGGCUGUAAAACCGUCAGACGAAUCAGAUCUUGCCAUACCCGAUGUACUCUCUAAUGUGGAAGAAAUCUUAGAGGGAUUCCAAUGGCGUGCAAUCUCGUCAAAUGGUGCAGCUGAGUCUGUUAGCCAGAUCGAGGAUCAGCUCAUGACAGAAUUAAAAGCCCUAGAACUAGCCGAAAUCCAUGCUAUCAUUGAGAAUGAUGAUCGGGUUGGAACAAUUGUUACACAUCUCGACGAGAGCUUGGCUGAGUUAGACAAGAUGGAGGCAUUAUUGAGUCUUUAUCGUACCCAGCUAAACAUGGUUGACGAGGACGUGGUUCACAUCGAAAGUCAAAACCGAGGCUUACAAGUGCAAAUCUCAAAUCAACGAGUUCUGUUAGAAGAGAUUGAAGAUAUAAUGCAAACUAUUCGCAUUCCUGAUACUGCCCUUGAUGCACUUACCCAAGAACCUCUCGAUAGCCAAAAAGGGAUCGACCAGCUUGAGAAGGCCGCGACCAGUCUUUACAAGGCCAUUUUGUCCGUCAGAGACAUGAACAACGUCGCGGCUGUGGCUGCUGCUUCGGACGAUAAGGUAGAGCAAUACAAAAGAAAUGCUCAACAGUUCUGCAAACGUGUUUAUGAGUUCCUCAUCGUGAUGUUCAAAUAUCAGGCCGGGUUGAUAUUAAAUGAUAAGAAUAAUAUCAAGUUAAAAAAUGAGUUGAAGCUGCCUUUACAUUCAUCUAUGGAGAAAUAUUUAGAGCGAUAUUGUGGCUUGACACUGUUCACAAAGGAGAUUGAUGCGGUCAGAUACCAACAACUAUGUGCAUCAUACUUUACUACUGCCAGUGAGCUACACAAAACAGAAAUAUCGGAAAUAAUGUCGAUGUUUCGCAACAAAGUUCGGAAACCCAAUGAAGAAGAACUUGAAGCUACUUUCGCAGCCCAGCUUUCUCCAACAACUCCAAAAAUGAUGGUCCCUCGAAACCCCCUCUCAAAGUUUGAGAAGCGAGAUAAAAAAGAUGCCAACAGUUCGACAGAUGUUUUAACGGCUGGUGAAGCGCUACACAAGUUUUUGAUCCAGUUGAUUCCUCACGUUCAGCGCGAACAAAACUUUGUCAUCGAUUUUUUACAUGUCCAUUCCGGAUCGGAGGACGGAGAUGGCUUGAUCACUUACGCCGGCUAUUCUGGCUUGGAAGGCUAUUUCAAGCGUGCGGCCGUCAACCUGAUGCAGACAGCUAUGGUCAACAGCAAAUUCAAUGAUAUCCUAAGCGUUAUGGAUUUGAUAUUUGGAUUCCUACCUGGAGAGAUGAAGGAAUGGGUUGAAGCAAUGGUAGCCGCGGAUCCCAUGCAGAUUAUCAGUGUGAUGAUGGCGCUAGAUUUGGUUAUUGGAUCAGAUAUCCUUGUGCGGAGCGAAUUUCUCAACAAGAUAUUGGAAGUUCAGCAAAAAAGGUCGCUAAACAUUUUCGAACAAAACAUUAAAGAACAAUUGAAGGCGAUCGAAACGACCAGGUUGACAGUCAAGAAACGGAAAGGAGUUGUAUCCUUCAUAUCCACGUUUCCCGAUUUUGUCUUGAGGGUGGAACGUCAGAUGGAAUUCGGAGAAACGGCUGAUUGUCCGACGCGAAAACUAGUCGAUCAGCUCUAUGAACAGAUCAGCCAGUCUAUGUUUGAGGCUCUACAAACAAUGGCUAAAAGUGAGGGGGAUCCUGCUGCGAACGCUGGUGGUGGUAGUCAAGAAGAUCGCGACAAGGAUCGGCUAAAUUAUCAUACACUUAUCAUAGAGAACAUGCAUCACUUUGUGACAACGGUGUCCAAGAUCAAUGCACCUGCCUUAAAAGCUUCUUUGGAGAAAGCAAAAGAGCAGUAUGAUCACAAUCUGGCUUUAUAUAUCCGACUGGUGCUUCGACGACCACUGGCUCGUUUUAUUGACUAUUUCCAGGGGAUAGAUGAACUGCUACGAACUACGGAACCUAGCCAAAUCCCGCAACAUAGUCAAUACACCAAGACAUCACUGAAACGAGUAAUCUCGACCCAAGACAAAAAGGACAUCAAAAAAUCCAUCGAAACAUUAAGUAAACGGGUCGACAAACACUUCUCAGAUGUCGCAAAUCCAUCAGCUGAGAAUUCGGUAGUCAUGGAGACCGUCUGGAGCGCCUGCGAAAAGGAAUUGAUCAGAUUGAUUGGUGAUUGGCAGGCCCUCUUGGAGAAAUGUUACAGUAAUCCAGCUGAAAGCGGCACGUCAGGCGGUAAUGAUAAGGGCGGAGUUCCCAAGUUUGAGUUCGGAAUCGACGAUGUCAAACUUGCCUUCCAAAAAUACCGACCCGGAAGUUGA